AUGGUCAUUCGAAAUGUAUGCUUAAUGGGUGGACUACCGUGGGGACUUCGUUUUGAACCAUUUCCAAAUGGACGAAUUCGAGUUACUCAAGUUUUGCCCAAUGGACGAGCUGAUCAAGAAGGUGUACGAAUUGGUGAUAUUGUAGAAACAAUUAAUGGACAACACUGCACAAGUUAUAAAAUGCUCAAUGUUAG